AUGCCACCCAAUAAACGCGAGAUUCAGCGACAGCUGAUGGAAAAAUACAACAUCAUUUUUGAUGGGCCAAUUGACUCAGUCGCCAAUCCUCAGUGGCCGAGCAAUUGCGACACCAUCUUCGACCACAUUCGGCGUCUGGGUAAAACCGAUUACUUAGAAUACCAGAGCGCUAAACGGUGCUUGAAGAGCCGGAAGAAUGAAAGCGGAUGGCGUCUGGCGCUCGAGUCCGAAGUCUUGGCCCGAUUCUCUGUAGAGAUCGCGUGUCGGAAUUGCCGUGGCCGACUUUGGCGCUCUGAACAAGAAGCCGAUCCAAGCACUCAACCAGCUAAGGAGGGCGAUGCCAAUUCUCUCAGGGCUCGACAGAGCAAACGUCAGCCCUGCACAUGUAAUCCCAACGACCUGUCACGAGACAUACAAGAGCUGGGAAUUAGCCCCUUGUUCGACGAUAGAGCUGAAGAAGGGAUAGUCUACUCCAGUGAAUUGCGAGCGGAGCUCCCGAAGCGCGAGCAUCGCCCUGAUCGUGUUUAUGGACUCCAUGUUACCGAAAGACUCUCUCGGCUACUCAGCUACGCCGAGGAUGUCAGGAGUAGUCCGUUUAGGCUUGAUGGAGAUCCUCUUGUGUUUCCUUUUCUCGUCAUUGAGGCGAAAUCCGAGAAGAGUACUGAUAGUUUCACCAAUAACCAGGUUCAGACUGCCUUCGCUAUUCGAGAGCUCCUGUCCAUACAGCACGAACUAUCGCAGGCUACCAAUGAAGGAAGAGAAUGGGAUGGAGGUCCACUUGUUUGGUUUCUAUCCUAUAGAGGCGAGGAAUGGAGAGUAUCCGCCGCCUUCGUCCAUACAACCGCCGAUAAGAUAUUUUAUAGAGUCGUUCUUCUUUGGAGUGGCUGUGUCGACUCACUAGGUGGAGCACUUCAACUUCUCCUCAUCAUCGACUAUAUUGCUGACUGGGCGCGGGACAUCUACCGCGAGGGCAUUGUACACAGCCUGCAAAAGUUUGCACCCCACGAUUCAGAAAGCUUGAGACGUGAUGUUGACAUCCCCUCAAAGGCUGGCAAUGUUGCACGGUGGGUUGCCAGUAACCUCGGCAACAGUGACGACGCAACGAGUCAGCCCACCGGAGACCCUCUGCGCAAAUUCGACACCGAAGCAGGAGUUCUUCGGGACGCUAGAUUUGUCCGAGCCGUUCCUGAGGACAGCCACGACGAACAGGGAGACAAGCGACCUUAUAUUCUCCCUUUUAGAGAAUUUAGAGAGACCCUGUCUCGUCAAGGGCCAGAUGCUCAAUGA